GAAGGGAAGGGGGCAGCCAUCCUUCGCGCACCCCGAGCCGUGGGCAGCCCAGGGUCUGAGCCCUCUCCUGCUUGGCUGUCACUACCCCCGGGCACCCUGGGCCUCAGUUUUCCCGUCUGGGCCGUGAGGGAGGCGGCGGGGGUGGGCUCCGGAUUCCCGUCAGAGACCCCAAGCGGGGCUGCGGGGGGGGGGGGGCGGGGUGAGGGUACGUGUAGACUGGGGCGAUGAGGAGGCCGGGGAGGCUUCCCGGAGGAGGUGGCGGCAUCCCAGGUGGGAGCUGAAAGGGCGGGGCCCCCGGACGUUGUGCCAGGAGCCCCGGGACUGGAUCGGGCAUCCGUCAGAGGUGGGGUCGGGGGCUUUGCCUGAGGCGGGGGACAUGGUGACGUGCUCCUAUACUAGGGAAGCCUCUGCGGGGUUCGAGCAGCCGGCGAUCUGGCGAAGGUUUCACCCCGACCCAGCCUGCGGAGCCCCAGGUUCCUGGGUGUCUGAACGUUGUGCAGGCUCAGGGUCAGGGAAACUGGAACAGGGAAAGCGAUCCUGCUGAUUUCUCUAAGAUCUAACGCAGCCUUCUAGAGGCUGUGUCCAGCCACGGAACACACUAUUACUCAUUGUCUUAACCAGCUGGUCCCUAAUGCCCUCAGGCAUCGGACAAAUAUGCUUCAGCCCAUUUCUCAGCAAACAACUGUUAAAUGCCUGUUUGCGGCUCCAGGAUGCAUCUAUGUCCAGAGACAAGAAGCCUCAGGGUGACAGAGGCCUAGGAGGUAGCUCAGGAGUCAACACCUGUUUCAUCAGCCAUCAGCUUCUCUUCACCUGGAACACUCCUUGGACUUCUUCAUCAGAAGGUUCUACUCCACUUCCACAAUCUUCAACAUGAUUACUGAAAAUGCUUCUACUGUGAUAAUUCAAUGUUCCUUAAGUCCUCUUAAACAAAAACCUGGAUGAAAGGAGUUACAUCAAACCCCGAGUAAUUAGAAAGGAAUAGAAGCAAUAGUCUCUCAUUUUGUGAGAGAAUAGAAGUCUGACAACUGCACCUGAUCUUUUUUUCCCCCUGGCAUGCAUUUUAUGGAAUCUGAAAGUUGUAUCUAAUUGAAUUGGUGUCCUUUGAGGAUGUGGCUGUGUAUCUCACACAGGACGAGUGGGGACUUCUGGACCCUGCACAGAAGCAACUCUACAAGGAUGUGAUGCUGGACAAUUAUUGGAUUCUUGUCUCCCUGGGAUUUCCUUUCUCCAAACCAGAGGUCAUCUGCCAACUGGAGCAAGGGAAAGAAGCAUGGGUCUUGGAUAUACAGGUGUCUAAGGAAAGGGUGCUCCCUAGAAAUACCUACAAAGGUUGUAAGUUCAGAUCUGAGAACAAGAAUUUGACACUAGGGGCAGAAAUCCUGGAGAGUGUUAAAUUAUGCGAAAACACACCAGAAAGAUUUCAAAGAGUUGUAUUCCAAGUACCAGAGUUUGGUGCAAUCUUUGAACAGAAAAGCAAUUUAGCUAGACACAUAAGACACUCCAGAAGGGAGAGUCAGCUUGAAUACUUUUUACAGCAGAGAGGUUCUGAGCCAAUGGAAAUUUUCCAUAAGAAAACAGCCAAAGAAGAGAGAAGCCAAGAAUAUAAUGGAUUUGGUAAGACUUUUGAUUGGAACUCAAAUUUUAUUACAUAUCAAAAAGUUUCCACAAAAGAAAGAAGAUAUGAAUGCAUUGUAUGUGGCCCCAAAUUUCCCCAGAUUUUAGCUCUUACCAAGCAUCAGCAAAACCAUUGUGAAGAGAACUGUUAUGAAUGUCAAGAUUGUGGAAAUAUUUUCAAUGAAAAAUCAGAAUUCAUAAGACAUCAAAGAAUUCCUACAUCAGAGAAACCUUUUGAAUGUAAUGACUCUGGAAAACUUUUUGGUCGUAGUUCACAUCUUAUUGAGCUUCAGAGCAUUCAUAUAGAGGAAAAACCUUAUAAAUGUAAUAAGUCUGGAAAAGCCUUUGGUCUGAACUCAAAACUUAUUCUAGAUGGAGAACAACCUUUCUAUGAGUGUAAUGACUGUGGGAAAACUUUCACACAAUUGUCAGGUUUUAUUAAACAUCAGAAAAUUCAUACAGGAGAUGGCACCUAUAGGUGCAAUGAAUGUGGAAGAGAAUUAAGCAGUAAACUAUGUCUUAUUGAGCAUAACAGAGUUCAUACUGGUGAGAAACCUUUUCAAUGUAAUGUAUGUGGAAAAGGCCUAAGGAGCAGGUUAAGCCUUAUUCAGCAUCUCAGAAUUCAUUCUGGUGAGAAACCUUUUCAAUGCCAUGAAUGUGGGAGAACCUUGAAUAGUAGGCUAAGCCUUAUUCAACACUGCAGAAUUCAUACUGGUGAAAAACCUUUUAAAUGUGAUGAAUGUGGGAAAGCCUUCACUCAAUUAAUAGGUUUUAUUAACCAUCAAAGAAAUCAUACUGGUGAGAAAUCUUAUGAAUGUAAGGAAUGUAAAAAAGCCUUCACUCGACAUUCAGUCCUUAUUCGACAUCAGAGAGCCCAUACUGGAGAGAAGCCAUUUAAAUGUAAUGAGUGUGGAAAGGCUUUCAAUAGACAUUCAGUCCUUAAUGUACAUAAGAGAGUCCAUACUGGAGAAAAGCCAUUUGAAUGUAAUGUAUGUGGAAAAACCUUCUGUCGAAGCUCCACACUUAGCCAACACCAGAGAAUUCACACUGGAGAGAAACCAUUUAAAUGUAAUGAAUGUGGAAAACGCUUUGGUCGUAGCUCUCAUCUUACUGAACAUCAGAGAAUUCAUACAGGGGAGAAACCCUAUAAAUGUAACAAGUGUGGGAAAGCUUUUGGUCUGAACUCAAAGCUUAUUCGACAUGAGAGGGUUCAUACUGGAGAGAAACCUUAUGAAUGUAAUGACUGUGGGAGAACUUUCACACAGUUGUCAGGUUUUAUUAAGCAUCAGAAAAUUCAUACAGGAGAUGGCACCUAUAGGUGCAAUGAAUGUGGAAGAGAAUUAAGCAGUAAGCUACGUCUUAUUGAGCAUAACAGAAUUCAUACUGGUGAGAAACCUUUUCAAUGUAAUGUAUGUGGAAAAGGCCUAAGGAGCAGGUUAAGCCUUAUUCAGCAUCUCAGAAUUCAUUCUGGUGAGAAACCUUUUCAGUGUCAUGAAUGUGGGAGAACCUUAAGCAGUAGACUAAGUCUUAUUCAACACUGCAGAAUUCAUACUGGUGAAAAACCUUUUAAAUGUGAUGAAUGUGGGAAAGCCUUCACUCAAUUAAUAGGUUUUAUUAACCAUCAGAGAAAUCAUACUGGUGAAAAACCUUAUGAAUGUAAGGAAUGUAAAAAAGCCUUCACUCGACAUUCAGUCCUUAUUCGACAUCAGAAAGCUCAUACUGGAGAGAAGCCAUUUAAAUGUAAUGAGUGUGGAAAGGCUUUCAAUAGACGUUCAGUCCUUAAUGUGCAUAAGAGAGUCCAUACUGGAGAAAAGCCAUUUGAAUGUAAUGAAUGUGGAAAAACCUUCUGUCGAAGCUCCACACUUAGCCAACACCAGAGAAUUCACACUGGAGAGAAGCCUUAUCAAUGUAAUAUAUGUGGAAAAACCUUCAGGUGCAGCCCAUAUCUUACUGUACAUCAGAGAGUUCAUACUGAAGAGAAACCAUAUGAAUGUAAUGAAUGUGGGAAAGCCUUCAGUUUGAGCUCUAGGCUCCUCCGACACCAGAAAAUUCAUACUUCGGAGAAGCUUACUGCAGUAUAAAUUCCAUGAUGUCAGGGACUUUAUAUCUCUCAGUUAUGAUAGGUACAGAAUAUAAUAAUAUCCUGCACAGAGUAGUGGCUCAAUUAAUUUUUAACUGUUUUAAAUGUGGAAAAUUCUUCAACCAGCUCCAACCUCAUUAGUGAGAGAAUUAAUGAUCAUGAACUUUGAGGGCAGAUAAAACAUUUUAUUGAUAUAGUUUGUUUUUAUAUUACAUAUAUUUAUAAAAUAUGUCCACUUUGUGAGAAGUUUCUUGUAACAAAGUUAAGUAAAAUUAAUGAUAGUGACUUCAAUUGAAAAUUCAUGUAACAUUUCACAUCUGCAACAUUCUUCCAUCUCUUUAUUUAAAAAACAAUAGCAACAAAAAUCUGUUUUCACUCCCUCCUACCCCUAACCCCACUGAAAAAAUUUAAAAAGGAAAACAAAUUAAAUUUCUUGUAACAAAUAUGCAUAGUUCAAUAAAACAAAUUCCUUCAGUGGCUAUACCCCAAAAUAUGCGUCAUUUUCUACCCUAAAUUCACUACCCCUCUAAUGGCUAGAAUGGCUUAACAGUGUUCCUCUGGAAUUAUGAAUAGUCAGUGUAUUGAUUAUAAUCUUAGAGUUUGUUUUACAGUGUUGUUAUAAUGUAAAUUGUUCUCCUGGUUCUUUUCAUUUCAUUCUUUAUUAGUUUAUAAAAGGCAUCAAAGUUCUUCAUUUUUAUAAUGUUGAUGUUAUCAAUUGUUGCUCUGUUCUCACUUCAUAAUGCAUUAAUUCAUAAAGUCUGUGUCUUUUAAAAAUCA